CUAACGCACGCUUCCCCCAAAAAAGAAAAAACCUAACGCUCGCAGGCUGCGCGCACGCCGCCGCCCAGUGCUCUGCUGUCGUCCGCCGGCGCUGUCCCCCCCGUUUCCGGCCUUCCCCAGCCCGGUGGCCGUGCCCCGUGCAACCUGGUCGUGCUUCAUUGCUUCUGCGUUUGCGCCGUGCGCCCCUGGUGGCCCCGGCCAGCCAGCCGGCCUUCCCCCGCGGCGGCGACGAGCAGAGCAGCCGACGAGGCGACGAAGGACUCUUCCGCUGCGCCCCGGGCCCGUGCUUCUGCAGUCGCCGGCUGUGUGUGGCCUGCCGCUGACAACUGCAGCCGCGGCGCCCUUACUCUCGCUGGUACAUCAUAUGGUUAGACAUUUCUGCUUGCAGCUUGUCCAGGGUUUAAUAUUUUCCUCGCUCCACUGCUGGACGUGAAAGAUGUUCGUUUUGAGCCAGAUUGAGCACAACCUGCCGAUGCCUCCGCACUUGCUGAAUCGCCCUCUUGUCGACGCCAUCAAGGCCGAGCUUGAGAGGCUCUUGCUGGAUAAGGUGGUUGCAAAUCUCGGGCUCUGUGUGUCCGUCUAUGACAUCCUUUCCGUCGAAGGUGGAUUCAUCUUUCCAGGAGAGGGCUGCUCGACGUAUAAAGUUUCCUUUCGGUUAUUGAUGUUCAGGCCCUUUAUUGGGGAGGUUCUUGUUGGGAAGAUCAGUGGAUAUGAUGAGAAGGGUUUACAAGUUUCACUUGAUUUUUUCAGCGAUAUAUGCAUUCCGGGACACUUGAUGCAAUUUGGCACAGUGAGGGGGGAGGACGGUAGGUGGGCGUUGAAGACUGAAGAUGGUGACGAACUUCAUCUUGACACUGAUGAUGAGAUACGAUUCCUGGUGUCUAGCAUAAAGUACCCACCUAUACCAGUUGAGCAAAAGGAGGACGACAAGCCAUUUGCUCCGAUGCAGAUCAAUGGAAGUAUCAAAGGAGAUGGUCUUGGCCUUCUUGCCUGGUGGGCGGCAGGUGAAGAGGAGGGCGAGGAAGAGGAAGAGGGCGAAGAAGAGGAAGAGGAAGAGCAAUAGCAGCAAGUUGUUUGCGGAAACUUUUUUGUGCAACUUUUUAGUAUCGCAGUUUCACUAGCACUCGAAGAAGAAAAAUGGUCAGACUCGAAGUGGGAAAUACUACUACAUGGCACUUCGAGACAUCCUAGUUGAGGUUGCAACUAUCGGUGGGUGGUGUUUCCUGUUGAAUUGGGUCAUGUGAUUUUGGCUGAGUCAACAAUUUCUCAAGGAGCAUUCCCAUUCAAUUAUUUUAAUCCACUAUGCUCCUUAAUUUUGGAGCUUUUCCAUUU